AUGUUCGCUGGCUCUUCCACUACACUUGGAGCCGCCGUGCCUUCACCAAUUGGUCGUCCUCAACUGAGCACCGUCAACAAGUACGAUAGAAAGUAUGGGAGAUACGACUUCAACAGAUUCGACCACCUCGUCUCUCAACACGCUUCACUCGGAGGUGCUUCACUUGGGAAAAUCCACGUCGACUGCCGAUUCCUCUUCAAGAAAUCCAAAUGGGGAAUGCUCGAGGCUCAACACCAGGCUGGCAUAAUCUACCUAGACCUUACGUUCAACCAGCCUGGUGACUGUCGACUCAAGAAUGCCACGGUGCAGGUCACCCUAGACGACGAGGAUGAGGUCUUGAUGCACCAGUUCCCAGGCUCCAAACCCGAAUCGCCGGUUCACAUUGUGAAGUAUGGCCCGCGUCACAUGACUGGUGAGCCUCGAUAUGAACAAGUUACCACACGAAAAAGCUUCAUGCCAUCGAUUGAAGUCGGACCUUUCGGAGGUGCUGGCGGCGUCGGUCGCGAGUCUCACAAGACGGUCGUGCGGGAAUGCCACUGGGCAUUUGAGAGUCACCUGAAGACCGGCACGCGAAAGAACAGAAACCACAACUGGGCAUACAAAGUCCUUCAGUGGCAUCUCACGGAGAAUGAGCUCAAAGACCAAUCCAUCCACAGCAACGUUGUACAUACCGCCUUUUCUUUUGUACAUAGCAGCCAGCCAAUUUUCAUGCGUGUCGACGUGAGCGGCAAGCUGGAGAACGCUCGAUCAGACUUAAGCCACCAGAUGAAAAACAAGAUCCGCAAGCUCAGGUUUCCGUCGACUCCUCAGAACGCGCGCUAUGCGACCACGCUCAUCAACUUCGCUGGACAGGAUAGAUUCACGACACCCUUAGAUGGCCUGGUACAGAGUCUGGAGCUAUCAAUGGAAAAGGAGAACAUGAAUUCCCCUGUCGAGAUAAGGAGAGGCGAACGCACUCGGCUCUAUAAAGACGGACCCCAGGCUGCUCCCCAACAAACUGCACCACUGGAGGAGACAAUUCAAUCGUCAGGUGAACAGGAGGACACCAUCCUAGCUGACCUCUCUAUGCUCUCAUCCACCUGGCUGAUGUCCACUCCAAUGUCUACCCAUGGGUCUAUUCAAGAGGAAGAUCCCUACGAAGAGCUACCGGUGGCACCAGUGCCGUCCCCUGAUAUUUCUCGGGCACAACAUGCGGGGACUUCAGUAUCCAAGAGCCCGCAUACUAACGAUAGAAUUGACCAAAAAACUUCCAACUCGACUGAAAGGAGUAGCGAAGAUACGGUUGAUAAGGAUCUCGACCCUACAUCGAGUUUGAAUGAGCUGCAAAGGCAUCUACCCAAUGGCCAGCUAAAUUUCGAAACUCUGGUUCUAUUCACCAGGCUUUGGAUCUUGCAAGCAUUUGCAAUGGUGUUUACUUCCUGGGGGAGAAAAGAGUCUACGGGGGCCUCUAAGGAUGAGGUCAAUGCACCUUCCACGGAGAGUUCAGCAUAG